CAUUUUCAUUCCCUUUUCUAUCUUGUUUGAUCAAUGGAGGACUCAAUGAUGUCUUCUAUUAACAAAGCCAUGUCUUUUAAGGAAGAAAUCGAUUGCCCUGAGGAAAGUGGUUGGACAGAAUAUUUUGAAGACUUCUUGAAUGACAAUGGAGAUAAUACUUCUUCUUGUUCUUCUGAUUUUGGGACCUCUUCAUUAGUUUCUGAUGCUGCUUCUUGUGCUGCAUGGAAGUUCUCUGAUCAUCAACAAUUUAUUAAUGACUACUCUUCAAUGAUAGGCCCUCAGAAGAGCUGUAAGAAAUUGAAUUUCAAGAAGAAAAGAGCCAGAAAAGUUCUCCUUGAUGAUGAUGAUUUGGAGGACACUGCCAGUUCUCCUUGCAAUAGUCCCAAGGUUAGUGAGCUAAGUCCAUUCCAUAUGAACAGAAGAAAGAGAGAAAAUUGGGUAGACAGUUCUCAGGAGAAGGGAAGUCAGCAGAUUGAUGAGAGAAAUGAAUUGGAUUUCAUUGGUACAGAAACUUACAGUACAGAACUGAAGAAAAGGGGGCUUUGCUUGGCUCCCAUGUCUUUGCUAAUGAACCAUCUUAGAUAA